UCCCAAAAUACUGCUGUUUCUGCAGAUGUCUGUCUACAAAAUAAGUUGACGGGGCUUGCUUGGGAUUUCUGCUGGAAAUCUUACUGGCAUUCUCCCAGACUUUGCUGUGCCUGGCAUGCAUUCUGCCUUCUUCAAGAGUAACUAAUUGGGGAUCUCCCCUCAACCCUUUAUUUCUCCAACCGCUCCCCCCCCGCGCCCAAGUCCAGCUUUCCACAAGGGAUGACACUGUUGCUUUAACAAUGGCACCGAGGUCUAAAGGCUUCCUUCCAUACUUGGCGUUUGGACUUUUGCAGAAGCGACGGGACCGGUGGUUGUAAUUUGAGAGGGAGGGGGAGAGCGAAAGAGAGAGAGAUCCUACGGCCAAAAGCCAAGAUCCCGUGUUACCACCACCAAUCCAGAUGCAGCAGCAAAAGGGUAGCAAACCAAGCGGCGUCAGGCAGGUCUAGCUAGAAUCUCUCUCUCUCUCUCUCUGCUUUUGCUCGCACGUUUCUUUACUUGGAAGGCAGAGUGGAGGGAGGAGGAAAAACGUGCUGGAGGUGCAUGGGGAACUUGGAGGGAAAGAAAUAAAAAGCAACUCCUCCCUAGGGCUCGCUCGCUCGCUCUCUCCCCGCGCACACAUUCCCACCUACAGGACUAGAGACGAUCUCGUGGGGGACUCGAGAGAGAUCUUUUUCAGGAGAAGCCCAACCGCGAGCCCCAAUGAAGCCCCGCGCGGAGGGCAGGAGGACUUGAUCUCCCGCGCUCCGCCGCCGCCGUCUGCCUUCGCCCGCCGUCGGGGAGCCGCUUCUCCGCCUCUCAUCUUGGCCGGGAUGGGGCUGCCCCUGGGGCUUCGCCUGGUGGGGCUGCUGGGCUGCUUGGGCAGCGUGUGCCGCGGCUACUUCGACGGGCCGCUGUACCCGGAGAUGUCCAACGGGACGCUGCACCACUACUUCGUGCCCGACGGCGACUACGAGGAGAACGACGACCCGGAGAAGUGCCAGCUGCUCUUCAGGGUGAGCGAGCGGCGGCGCUGCUGGGCGGCCGAGGAGGAGCAGCGGGCGGCGGCGGCCCCCGGCCUGACCCUGCGCGAGGAGCUCACCGUCCUGGGCCGGCAGGUGGAGGACGCGGCGCGGGUGCUCGAGGGCAUCCGCAAGAGCAUCUCGUACGACCUGGACGGCGAGGAGAGCUACGGCAAGUACCUGCGCCGCGAGGCCACGCAGAUCGGCGACGCCUACGCCAACUCGGACAAGUCCCUGGGCGAGCUGGAAAACAAGUUCCGGCAGGGCCAGGAGCACGAGAGCCGCGAGGGGAGCCGCCUCAGCGAGGACUUCGCCGGCAUGCUCGUGCACGCGCGCGCCCUCCUCAAGGACACGCUGGCCGUCUCGGCGGGCCUCCGGGACAAGUACGAGCUGCUCGCGCUCACCGUGCGCAGCCACGGCACGCGCCUCAGCCGCCUCAAGACCGAGUACCUCAAAGGCUGAGGAGGACGAGGAGGACGCCGACGACGACGCCUCCACUUGGGACCUUUCGCCGCCCCACAACAGCUCACCAAGGCGCGGAAAGCCUCCGCGCGCGUAAUUUGCGCGCCUUCUCUCCUGCUAUUCGAAACGGCGACUGUGAUUUGUCAGUCAUAUAAUCCUUCCCGCAUAGCACUUCGAAAGUGCAAAGGAACCCGGGAGGCGGUGGUUCUCCUCAGGGGACAGGUUGUUGUGGGGCUAUAUUAAAGGACAGCAAGCUGGCAAUUAAUUGGGCUGUCUUAUUUUAUUUGCCACCACGGAGGGUGCCAUUUCUGCCUUAGGCCCCCAAAUGGCCUGGAAUACUUGUUUUGUUUUGCUUUUUAAAUAAUAAUAAUAAUAAUAAUAAUAAUAAUAAUAAUAAUAAUGCUUACAGGCUCCUGUGCCUUUCCCAGCUUUCUGACUUGCAGAAACUCAGCAGGUGACUGUUACAUCUCUGUGUUAAAAGAACUGCACCUGUUGGGUUUCUGCCUGUCACACAGCUGUUGAAUGCACAUAGAUCCUGUGGGUGGGGGAGAGGUGGCUUACAAGCUGGUUGUGUUGUGUUCAUCCUCUGCUUUGAGGGUUAUGUGUAAAAGGGAGGUGCAAGUAAUUAACAGGGCAGUCUAUACCUGCCUGCUUGGAAAUAAGAUCUGUUGAGUCCAGCCAGCCAUGCUCCCAUGAAGGCAUAUAUCGAACUGCAGCCUUGCUGGCUAAAAAAACCCCAUUGGUGGAUUACUUAUGCAUGCAUUUUCCAGAUGUGGAUAUGGAGGCUGGAGUGUGACUUGUCAGCAGCUUUUGAAGCCUGCACUACUGCACAACCAAGAGUAGCUCAGUUGUGGAUAACUGGGUUGCACAGCUAUCCCACGAGUCUUACUAGUAUUUAUAUUAUUAGAUAGUCCUGGACAUACGGGAAAACUUUGCAAUCAGUCCCAAUUCAGCAGAGUUAGGCACUCUGAAACCAGUUGUGGUCAGUAACCCAGGGAAGUAAGUCGCUGAGGCCAAAAGAUAAUGACUUGCUAACAGCUUUUGGACCUUGCUCUCAGCAUCCUCCCAACUGCAGCCAGUUGUUCAUGGGUUGUGUUUUCACAACAAACCUGUGAGGUAGACCACUGUUUGCCCCUUUUAUAUUGGAAGAGAUGAAGCUGAGUGACCUGUCCAAGACUAUUGCAAGGGUCACCCCAGGUCAUAAGUCUUAAUUGUCUGUCAACUUAUAGUUGUUAAAUCAUGUUGCAAUCCUCAUAUUCUCUGGCCGACUGGGGAAUUUGUUGCUCCUUACCCCCUUUUGUAAACCUGUCAGACUUAAUUAAGGAUAGCUAAAGAGAAGUUUCAUUCCACUCUUUCACAGCUGAUAGCUGACAUGGAGGUUUUUUUAAAUCUUGAUUAGUGAUUCUGAGUAUGAAAUCAAGGAGUUAUUUUAGGUUCCAUAAUCAGGAGCAGAAGGGUGUGAUCUUUUGUAAACAUUUCCAGAGAGGUAGCUGCAAACUUUUGUAUGAGGCCUCAAGAGAAGUAAGAGAAUAAGUUUCCCAUCCUUUCAGUGUGUGCUGGGAAAAACAGGAAUUCAAAUACUCAUUAGAGGUUGUAUGGAGCCAGAAUGUGGAAACUAUUUAUUUGGCAAAGUACAAGGGUGUGGUGUUCAUCCAUAUCACACAAGACUGCAAGAAUAUAGCCUUCUCUCUCUCUCUCGAAAUUCCCACCUCAUUACCAUAUUUAACACUUAUCCCAGUCAUAGAGUCUGGAGAAUACCUACAGUAACAGCUUCAUCAUCUCAUCUCUCCCAUGCCGCCAUCAUCUCUCCUGUGCUACCUUUACUCAGUGCAGAAUACACAACUGUGCUUAGUGUACUUCUGAUUACAUUCCUCUAAACUUGCAAAAUUAGGUGAGCUGGAGCUGUGAACAUUCUGAUAUCAAGGGUUUUGUUCUAUCAAAUAUGGGUUUGUGUCUUAGGCACUUUUUAAAACAAGUGACAGUCUUUAUGAUACGAAACCCUAGGGCCUGCCUGACAAACUCUGCCAAACUUGAAGCAGUGACUCCCAUCCUUUUCCUCCUCUUUCCUUUUGUGCAAGAAUUGUUUUAAAUUCUGUAAAAGGAUUUCGCGUAGUUGGAAGCUACUGUUGAGUCUAGCUUGGCUCCCUCCAGGAUGUAAAUUUCCUGCCCACUGGGAGACAGCCCAGCUGGAAUGCCAGCAACAGUGAGAGAUUGGAAUCUGAGCCAUCCUUCCCUUCAUCGACAGUUCGAACUUGCCAGAUCUAAAUAUAAAAAGUAAUUGCUAUGGUGUCCGCAGAGUGGUUUUCUAGUGGAGCUGUAACAUUUAAAAAAAACAUUUCUUCUCUUAUGUGGAAUGGCAGUGCUCCAUACUAAGGGGCAGUCCUUAAAACCAAAAUAGGGCUUUCUGGCAACAUUACUCCAAGCUCAGAACAGGUAAUUUUGUACCCUUUGAAAAAAAAAGACAGGGGAACGCUUCCAAGUAACCUUUAAGAAUAAAAUGGAACGGAGGUAUUCAGAUUUCCACUCUAAAAGAAGGUGACAAAUCCUGUUGACUCUUCUUUUACACCAGGAAUUUCAGGUACUGUACAGGUAAACAAUAAGAAUCUAAUUCCUCAGGCUUUCAGUGGAUGAGCGUAAGGCUCCUGGAGCCAGCAGGGCAGAAGAAGACUUUCUUUCUAUUUCAAUGUGUAGCCACCUGGGAUAUAUGAAUUCCCAGCAGUAAUUUGACUCCAAAUAGCAAUAGUCUUUUCCAUUGCUGCAAAUCCUUUCCCCUUUCUGCUACAUCAUCACUAUCACCACACUUCUUUCCUCUAGCUGCUCUGUUUCCUAAUUGCUUGUACUGUAGGGAUUUCACUUGCCAUGUUAAGCAAUAAGAGGUGCUCUGCAAUUGCAGUGCCUGUGACACAGUUCUGCAGAGCUGAGGUAUUUGGAAAUAACUGGCUGUAUUGUGUACAAGGGGGCUGUUUUGUCUGGAAUAAAAGGCAUUCCUAAGACAUCUGUUCAGAUACUAAAAUACUACUCUCCAUCUUCUGUACUUUCAUAGUACUGAAUGUAACACGUGCUUGAUGGAAAUUAUUGAUGAAUUUGCAGACGCUCUUACCCUCCCAAAAA